AUGGUUUAUCAAUACUAUCCCAUUACUGGAAUCAAAGCCGGCUGGGGAGAGGGGGGUGCGGUGCCUGUCCGACAAGAAAUUGAUGAAUGGUCCGAAGAUCCGGCAAAUGCCAAGCAGGUCGACCUGUUUUUACAUGCACUCCGCCGCUUUCAAGAUGUGCCUCCUGGUCAGCGGGACUCAUAUUUCCAAGUUGCUGGUAUUCAUGGAAUGCCGUACAAAGCAUGGGACGAGCCAGAUACAUCUGAUGAAGAUACCAAGGGGAAGGCCUAUUGUACCCACAUGAACGCUCUUUUCCCCCCAUGGCAUCGUCCUUAUCUGCUUCUCUACGAGCAACAAAUUUACGAAAUCAUGAUCAGAGACAUCGUUCCAACCUUUCCCGAAGGUGAACGGAAAGCUUGGAGGCAUGCCGCAGAUACCUGGCGACUACCGUUCUGGGACUGGGCAGUCACGGGCAAGGUGCCAAAGCUCGCACAUGAUGCAUUAGCGCUUAUAACCAUCCCGCCACGGGGCAAAACUUCAAUAGAAAACCCCCUGCAUAAGUUCCGAAUGCCUAACGACAAACCUAUGGAGUCUGAAGGAGUCAGAACUAUCCCUGAUCGGACCGAUCCGGAAAAUCCAGUGCAGUACUUCUAUGGAGCAUGCCACGCUUCUAGUAGGUCUCCCACAGAGAUUCAAACACGUAAGGACAGCAAGGAAUGGCGCGAGGGCGUCGUCAACAAUGAGCUGGUGGAGAAGGCCAUAAUGGACCAUAUCAGCAUUGACCCAAAGAAGCCUCAACAUGGUUCAGCGGCCGAGAUGGUAUACUACCUUCUCAAUCAUUCUCUGAGUUACGAAGAGUUCGCAACGACAGGUCCGCCAGUCCCUGGAGAGAUUCGAGGUGUUGACAAGAUGAUCAACCUUGAGUUCAUUCACAACAACAUUCAUUACUGGGUUGGUGGAGACGGUGGGCACAUGUCCCAAAUUCCGGUCGCCACGUUUGAUCCAAUCUUCUGGCUUCAUCAUUGUAACAUUGACCGUCUCUUCGGUAUCUGGCAGCAGCUGAACCCAGAUAAGUGGUUCACCUCAGGGGACCAAGGUCCAUUUGACCAAAAAGUCAUUGGUAUCAAGGAGACGGACAAAGUCACAAACAAGACUCCCCUUCGUCCGUUUCACAAAGAUUCCAAAGGGACAGUGUAUACUCCAGAUGAGGUCAGAGACCACAUUCCGCUUGGGUAUACCUACCCGGAGAUCCAGCCAUGGAAGCCAGAGUUCCAGUCCCAAGGUCGAUUUGACCGUGAGAAGUAUAUCAAGUACAUCACCGACGUGAUCAACGAAAAGUACGGCAAAGCUCGAAAGAAGGCAUUAAUGAUACUAGAUCAGCUGACUAACAACCCGGACCGUGGAGUUCCUGAACUUCCUAAGAUGGCUGGAGUCUCAGGGACACCUGAAGGCUCAUUGCCUGCCAUGGCUAUUGCAGUCGCCAUCGCUGAGGAAGGGCGACCUGCAUUUGCGUAUGCCCGUGCUGGUGGAAAAGUCUCUCCUGAUCAGCCUCUUCAUCCUUCUCGAGCCGCUCAAUAUGCAAAUUCAACUGAGCCAGUCGUUGGAGCCAUGCCAGGUAUGAGAGUCGGUCUUGAUGGCGAAUCCAUCAAGUCCAACUACUAUAUCUUAAGCGUCAGUUUUUCCCGUUUUGGAUUGGGAGGUCACCCGUUCAACGUGGAGAUAUUCCUCAAACCAGAAGAUCAAUUACAAGCUCAAGAUGGGAAGAAGGAUUUUAUUGGCAGCGUCUACAACUUUAGUCAGCCUGCGAUACAGGACGGUGAAGAGGUUUGCAGCAGUUGCACCGAUGUUCAAGCCCAGAACGCUAAGAUGUCAGCGUGUUUGCCAAUAAACCUCUUCCUACACAGGCUGAUUGAGCAAGACGCACUCAGAGACCUCUCGGAGGGUGUCGUUAAAGAUGUGCUCAAUCGACUACACUGGGAAGUCCGAAAGUAUGGGCGAAAGAUUACAGAUACUGAGUUGGCGGGCCUUGAUCUGAAUGUGACUCUCUCAAGGCACAUUGCGACAUACAGCACCGACUCUUUCCAGACAACUCCCUUCACAGACAAUACUACCGUCCAACUCAAAACAGCUCAAGGGGCGGGGACCAGUAAUGCCAAUGCCAAUGCUUCCUCUUCACAGCGACCAAAGCCCGACGCUGGCGCCGGUGCCGAUCAAAGCCAAACGGUGUCUAACGCUCAGUAUCUUGCCCUCGAUAAGACCAUCAGACUUGAAAAGGCAGUCCCGGCCGGUGGCACUAUAAUCGUCCAGUCUGCGUCAGUGACCCUGGAUCCUGCAAACGUGCGCGAAGACAGUACCGGCAUAUCAUUCAUGCACUUUGACGAAAGCGGUUCGGCUGACAGAUACGAUGAGUCCAACUAUGACGUGCUGCUGAGUGUCUCUUUCCGCCGUAAGGAGAACGUCUUCCGUCUCAACAGUAAGGCGGCUCAUGGGUCGUGGGAUCGCCAAGAUGACUUGCGGCUCCAUACAAGCUGGUUCAAAACGCCAUCCCCAAGGAUUGAGGUCCGCGAUAUGCAGGAUAAGUACGAGGUAUACGUCGAUGGUGCUCAUGUAGGCACACGGGACAAGAAGUAUCAGAAGAGCAUCACCCAUGUGCAAUACUGGGUGAAGGACGAUGACCAGACCACAUCCAUGUUCUCGCAUGCGCUUGUUGUUACAGUUCCAUAG